AUGAAUAAGGUAGAGCAAAAAAUUCAUAAGAGAUACAAAAUAGUAAAGAAGGAAGAAGUGAAUAACCGAUAUACCAUUAACGAUAUAGAAGUGUAUUUUCCGUACGAAUUGUAUGAUUGUCAAUAUAAUUAUAUGCUAAGUGUAUUAAAUGCCUUAAAAAAAAAAGAAAAUGCAAUUUUAGAAUCACCUACAGGGACAGGAAAGACGUUAUGUUUGCUUUGUGCAAGUAUAAGUUACUUAGUUGAUGUUUUAGAAAAAAAAGGGUAUUUUUCGGAAAAUAUAAAUAUCAGUGAAAAUAAUAAAAAUGUAUCAUUUGAAUUUAAGGAAAAUAAUAAUAAUGAAGAAAGUCCAAAUAAAAUAGUAAAGACUGAUUUUCCAAAAAUUAUAUAUGCAUCUAGAACCCAUAGUCAGUUAAAGCAAGUAAUAAAAGAAUUAAAAAAUGUGUAUUUUAUAAAAAAUAAUGAAAAGUAUAAAUUAUUAACAACUAUAUUAGGUUCAAGAGAUCAGUUAUGUGUUCAUAAUAUUAAUUAUACAUAUAAAGGAACAUUGUUAAAUAAUAUGUGUAAGAGAACAAGGAAAAGUGGGGAAUGUACAUAUCACAAUGGAUUGAAGCAUUUAUAUAAAAUAAAACAUUUAUUUACUACUCCAAUGGAUGUAGAGGCCUUAAAUGAAAUAGGAAAAGGAAAUUCUGUUGGACAGAAUAUUCAUUUUUGUCCAUUCUAUGCAACUCGAGAAAUUCAAAAUGAAUGUCAUGUAAUUUUAUUACCUUAUAAUUAUCUCUUUGAAGAAAGUACUAGGAAGAUAUUAAAAUUGGACUUGGAGAAUUGUAUCAUAAUAAUAGAUGAAGGACACAACAUUGAAAACGUUGCAGAAGAUGCUGUGUCGUUUAAAAUUAGAGAUUCAGAUUUGAACAUAUUUUUAGAAGCAAUAAAAGCUACAUUGACAAUACUGGACAAGGUGAAUGAUGUCGAUAAAGAAGCGAAAGAGAAAAUAAAUGUAGAUGAAUUGUUCAUAUUGAAUAGAAGUAUAAUAGGUUUAAUUACGUGGUUAAACAAUGAAAAAUUAGAAAAAAAUGAAAGAAAAAAAAUUAAAGAAAAACAUAAAACAUAUGAAGGAAAACAUAUAUUUGAAAUAUUUCAAAAUAAUAGUAUAAAUAUAACCAAGGAAAAUUUCGAAAAUUUUAAUACUUUAUUAACUUCUAUGGUUGAACUGUUAAAUAAAUAUAUGAACGAUUUCAAAUUAUCCCAAAUGGAUAUUAAAAAUGUUAAUAGAUAUAUAUCCUCAAUAGAUAGUAUAAGAAAAUCGUUGGGUAUACUGUUUAGUGAUAUUGUAAGUAAUUGUAUAGAAUAUUUUCAACUAUAUAUUAAUGAGGAAAAAGUGCCUUACACCGAAUGUAGUGAUGUAAAUAAAGUAUUUGACAAUAUGAAGAAAUUCUCUAAAAAUAAAACAAAAAUUAUGUACGAUCAACAGAAUUUUACCAUGUGUAAAAAUAUAUCAUUAUUAUGUUUUUCUGCUACAGCUAGUUUAUGUGGAAUAAUUAAAGAAAAAGUUAAUUCUAUUAUUGUAACCUCAGGUACUUUAUCACCUAUUGAACCAUUUUCCAAACAGCUAAGUGGUAAUUACUUUUCUUUUAAACAUAUUUUAGAAAAUGAUCAUGUUAUUAAAUCACAUCAGCUGUUUGUUGGAUGUAUGACUCAUUAUAACAAUCAAAUUUUACUGUCAACAUAUGAAAAUAGGACUAAUGAAAAUUAUAUAAGAGCAUUAGGUAAUUGUAUAUUUGAUAUUAUUAUAUGCAUACCGUUUGGGGUGUUAAUAUUUUUUUCUUCCUACAGCUCAAUGACUGAAACAGUGAAUGUAUGGAAGAGGAUGAAAAUUUUUGAUAAAAUAAAUUCAUACAAAAAGAUAUUUGUGGAACCAAAUAAAGCAAACGAUUUGAAAGAUAUUUUGACUGAGUAUGAACAUAUCAUAAAAAAAAAAAAAAAGGGAGCUAUUCUUAUGGGUGUAUGUAGAGGUAAAAUAUCAGAAGGCAUUGAUUUUAAAGAUGACUGUUGUAGGGGGGUUAUAAUAUGUGGCCUCCCAUAUGGCAAUAUAUAUGAUAGUAAAAUAAUAUUUAAAAAAGAAUUUUUGGAUAAUUUUAAUUACGAUUCGACCACAAAUAAAGAUCUUACUACUCCUUCUACCACUGAUUCGAUUAGUUCAUACAAUACUGUGUCGUCUAAAGGAAAUAAGUGGUAUAAUGAAGAAGCUAUGAGAUCUAUUAACCAAUCCAUAGGCAGAGUUAUAAGGCAUAAAAAUGAUUAUGGUUCAAUAUUUUUCUUGGAUUCCAGAUUUUCAAAUAGUCAAAGAAUUAAAGAAAUUUCAAAAUGGGUUAGGACUCAUUUUCGUGUUUAUAGAGAUAUUGAACAAAUACAAAGUGAUAUUGAUAAAUUUUUUGAAUUAUUCAAAGGGAUGAACAACCGAAUGAUGGAGAAUAACGACAGCUCGACGGAUAAUAAGGACAUGCAUAGUAGUAACAAUGGUAAUAAUAGUAACAACACGAACUGUGCCAAUAAUAAUAUUGGUAACAGUAAUAGUAAUAAGGAGAAGGGGGAAGAGUACGAUAAAAAUAGUGCUCUGGGAAAAAUAGGAAAAAAUUUUCAAGAUUGUUAUAUUAAAAAUGAAAAAACGAAUAAAAAUAAACAUGACUUUUCUCAAAGUAAAUUUGUUUUUAACCCUUCCAAAAAAAUGAAAAAUCAACCUAAAAUUCUUAGCAUGAUACAAAAUAUAACGAAGGGGAAAAACCAGGAAAAAAGUAUUUACAUAGACAACGAUAAUAAUAAUCAUGGUGCCAAUCAUAAUGACAAUCAUAAUGAUAAUCAUAUUGAUAAGGAGCAAAAUAUUUUCAAAGCACAUGAACAAGAAAACACCUCCAAGUUAGACAGCGCCAAGUCGCUCAUUUCAUCCUUUAGGGAAAUUUUAUCGAAAGAGAUAUACGACAAAUUUUUCGAGCUUAUCAAAGAUACAAAGAAAAAAAGUAACGAAAAUAAAUAUGAGAUAUUAAUAAAUAACAUACUUGGGUUGGUCGUUCAGAAUUUUGUUGAAGUAAAAAAAGGGGAAAAAGUAAAACAGCCAGGGGAUGAAGAUGUAGAUGUACUUGUAGAUGGGGCCGCAUUCCAAGGGAAGGAUGAAAAACAAAAGACACGCGUAGUUUUUAAUGAUAUUAUGAAUGAUCAACAGUUGAAAGAUAUAUGGCAAAUGCUAAUUAGACUGAUUAACAACUUUUUCCCAGCAAAAGAAAAAGAAAAAUGCUUUUUUAUUCUUCAAAAGAUAUUUAAGGAAAGGGCAAACAAUUUUAAUGAAUUAGAGAACUAUGUGUACAAUUACAGGCUAGAAAAAAUUGAGAUUAUCUAA